UUCAUUUCGUUCAUCUUUCAGCGAGUGGUGGGUCAGUCCUAACCGUGUGUACAUUUGUGCUGUGCUCUGUAAAUUGCAGUCACCCCGAAUUCGAUUGCUACUGCUCAUUACUCAUCACUCGUUUAUCUCUACAGUUACAACGAGGUGAAAAGACUUACCUAACGGGGAAGGCACGGAUCUCCUGCAAGGCAAACGAAAGCGGGACUACAUGAGUCUCUCGUUCAUCUACGACGGGCACUCAACAACCUCGAUUGAUGUGUUGUAUGUUUGUUUUUAGCCUCAUAAUAACAUCAGUCUUUCUGUAAUGGAGCGUUGCCGAAUUUCAAUAGCCCCUUCUUGCUGAUCAUAACCCUCUUAUUAUUACAAUACAGCUUUUCCGUCACAUCUGGUCGUCUCAUCGAGAUCCAUCUUUUGAGGCCUUAUCAGGCUUGGACGAAGGCGAGGGUGAGGUCGAGAUCGGUCGUCUUGGGGCCGAAUGGGAUGACUAUUGAUCGGAUCACUACGUACAUCGCUCGUCCCUAUUAAUGAUGAAACGUCUCAAUCCUGCCCUACGACGAGAUCCCUUUGAGACACACUUUAUCCAACAUCACAUAGUUCACUUUGCAUACUCUCAACUCAUACAUAAACUCUCUUCCAUAACUUGUCCCCUCUACCAUCACCUACCCCCGAUCAUGGAUUAUUCAUCUUUUAUAGGAUCUCAGUUGUUUUCCGUCAAGGGCAGGACUUGCAUCGUAACUGGCGGUGGCACUGGUAUCGGCAAAGGAAUAGCCGCUGCCCUUAUCUUGAAUGGCGCCAAAGUGUUCAUCAUUGGCCGUCGCCUCAAUGUCAUUCAGGAGACUGCGAAUGAACUCACAAAUGCAGCUGUUAGGGCUCAGUCUGAGGGACAAUGUAUUCCCGUUGAAGGCGACGUAGCAACUAAGCAAGGAGUUAGCGACAUCUACGAGAAGAUCGUCAAUCUCACUGAUCGACUCGACUAUCUUGUUAACAACGCAGGCUUCUCUGCAAAUUGGCGCAAACAAUGCCCUGACUUGAAUGACCCCAUCGGUCUCGAAGAGCAGCUCUGGUCUAUUGAGGACUCUGACUUUGCCAAUAUGACUGCUAUCCAUUGUGCCGGACCCUACUUCCUUGCCGUCAAAUGUAUACCUCUGUUCAAAAACUCGGACAACCCUUCUGUCUGCAACAUUACAUCUUUGGCUGCCCACUUCUUUAAUCGUGCCGUCUGCGAAUACUCAUAUGGCCAAUCCAAAGCUGCUGAAGUACAUCUCACUCGCCUCAUGGCCGCCGGCCUCCUCCCCUACAAAAUCAGGUGUAACUCUGUGUGCCCCGGUCUUUUUCGAUCUCAGCUUACCACUGGCACUACUGAUCUUGAUGCACCCCUCUGGCCUCCUAUGCAGCGCGCUACCGAAGAAGCAAUCCCCGCUCGGCGUGUGGGCAAGUGGGAGGAGAUUGCAGGUGCCGUAUUGAUGCUUGCUUCCCCCGCUGGAGCUUACUUCAAUGAAGCUGAGCUUAUAAUCGACGGUGGAUGGCGCUUGUGUGCAUCUGCCAACGAUGUCAAAUAACAAGUUGAUGCAAAUGGCCAUCUCAAAUGGCAUGAUGCCAAGCAAAGUUUGCAUAAGUGUAUAAAUCAACAUGGUCGUACGACUUUUUGUUGCUUGUGAAUGUUGGCUUGAU